UCUAACUUUUUUUUUCUUCCCGUUUACACAAUCGUGAAAGCAAAGAAGCCCGGCCCAGCAAUUAUACUAAGGGUUCAAGAUGAACACAGUCAAAUCAUUCUGGGCGGGAUGGGGUUCCCUUUGCCUUGCUGGCGCGGGAGCGUACUACUUUGCGAAGAAGAGCAUCAAUGCCGAUAGGGCUGCGCGCCUCGAGGAAACCCGCCGAAAGAAGCAGAUGAUAGACUCUCUCGAGUACUCUGAGAAUAUCUCCAAGAAGCCAGUCUCCUCGUCCACAAUGGGCGGUACUACGAACGGAAAUGGCACGCCAGCCAGAACUGAUGCAGUUGGGUCGCCGAGCCAAGAAGCAAGCCGUGAUCCAGCACCAACUCGGCAUGCUCCAGCUACAGAAAAGCAACAAGUAAUAGAAAAGAGCAAGUACGAGAGUAGCACGCCGUAUACGAGUCCUAAAGGCGAUCGAUUCUCUUAGGUGUGAAUGGGAGACUAAAGCUGGGUAUACCCUAUGAUGAACAUUAUGAAAACAAGGCAUGUACACAAUACUAUUUUAUUUAGAAGAGACGGGUGAAAAACAACUCCAUUUCAAAAGAUGGGCAUGAUAGCAAUGGUAUCUUGAUAUUGAUAUGACUUAUUUGUUGGUUGGGCAAUUCGGUAGUUUGGAAGCUUGAAAACUUCAGACACCUUUGAUGUACGCCAUGGGUCUCUUUUCUCCGAAUUCCCUCACGUCUGAUUAGAUUCGAGGUUGGAUUCGUACAAACGAGGUUAAACUUUACGGCUAUCCGAGU